UGCACUUGCACGGCAUAAUAAAAUGUAUGUAUAUCUGCACUAGAAUAGAAUGGAAGCCCUUUCCGUUUCAGGGUUUUAUGAGUGAGUGAGGGUACAAGCAAAAGGAACAAUGAUUUCGAUUCAGACUUCAGACCUUUAAUGGAGUAUCACUCUACAAGCUCUUCUUCUUCUUCUUCUAACAUUGCUGAAAAUGGAAAACCCUGAUACAGAAACGACAAGAUCUCUACCACCGGAACAAGAACCAGACUCCAAGAAGCCUAAGAUGUCCACGGCCACCACUUCAGAUGACGAACACACCACUACUGCUACCACCGACGACACAAAGAAACCAAGAUACAAGCGCCGAAAGGUUGCAAUUUUCUUUGCUUAUUGCGGUGUCGGAUACCAAGGUAUGCAGAAAAACCCAGGCGCCAAAACCAUCGAGGGUGAUCUUGAGGAAGGACUCUAUCACGCCGGCGCCGUUCCGGAACAUGAUCGUAAUAACCCCAAACGCUAUGAUUGGGCUCGGUCGGCCCGUACCGAUAAGGGCGUCAGCGCUGUGGGGCAAGUGGUCUCCGGCCGGUUCUACGUGGAUCCACCCGGCUUUGUCGACCGCCUCAAUGCCAAUCUUUCCCCGCAGAUUCGGAUAUUUGGGUACAAGCGUGUGACGGGUUCUUUUAACGCCAAAAAGUUUUGUGAUCGGAGAAGGUAUGUGUAUCUUAUUCCACUGUUUGCUCUUGAUCCAAAUUCGCAUCCUAACAGGGAGAGCGUAAUGGCUAGUUUGGGAUCUGGGAAUGAGCUCUUUAAGUGCCAUGAAUGCUCUGAGAGGGGGCGCAAGGUUGUCGGGUUAAUGGGCAAGCGUAAUUAUGAAUUAAGAGGUUCGAGUUUUGAGCUGGACAUAUCAUCGAACACUGAGAGUGCUAAGGUAGACUCCGCGCUUGGCGAAGACAUUGACAUUUCUUCAAUAAAUGGUAAUGCCAGUGAUCCAAAUUCGAAGUCGAUAAAGGAAAUUCAAUCCGAAAAUGGGGAUGCUGGAAGCAACAAGGUUCAAAAUGAAGUCUUGGACUCGAACGAGGGUAAUGCUGCAAAGGACACUACUGGCGAUGUAGAAGAGAUUAGUGGAGAGGAUAACCCUGUAAAGAAAAGUAACUUCUCUUAUGGUGAGAAUGAGAAAGAAAGAUUUAAUAGAAUUCUGAACUAUUAUGUGGGGACUCAUAACUUCCAUAACUUUACCACCAGAACAAAAGCCGAAGACCCUGCAGCUUGGCGCUUCAUCAUUUCGUUCAAUGCUAAUACCAUAGUAACAGUUGAAGGCAUGGAAUUUAUCAAGUGUGAGGUGGUGGGACAGAGCUUCAUGCUUCAUCAGAUCAGGAAGCUGAUUGGGCUUGCUGUGGCAGUGAUGAGGAACUGUGCCCCCGAGUCAUUGAUAGAGAAGGCCCUGCAAAAGGAUGUUAACAUGAAUGUGCCAACGGCCCCUGAAGUUGGGUUGUACUUGGAUGAGUGUUUCUUUACAUCAUAUAACGAAAAGUGGAAAGACAGUCAUGAAGAGCUAUCGAUGAAAGAGUAUGAACAAGAGGCGUCAGACUUCAAAAUGAAGCAUAUAUACUCUCAUAUUGCAUUGACAGAGCAGAAGGAGGGCGUGGUGGCUCUAUGGUUGCACUCUCUCAACCACCGGAACUAUCCGGAUUUACAAGUUGUUAAUGAUGAAAAUGAAACUAACAAGAUUAGUAGUGAAGCAGAGAAGAGCACGGCUGAGUGAAAUGUCUUGCGAGGCAUCAGUUCUCUACAUUGAUUUGAUACAGGGGUAGACAAAAUAGGAUUAGCAGUUGAGGAAUUUUCUGCUUGUGCCACUUCAUGGAUGUAUGCCAGAUGAUCUAGCAGGAAUACAUUAGUUCUAGAAGACCGAAGAAAAAGAUGUAAUUUGACCUCUGGUAUUGCGAUCGGUAUACUCUAAUGACAUAAAAUAUAUACACCUAUAUUUCCAUUUGUACUAGACGUGUAUUAUGAUUAUAGCACAAACUAGUGGGUAUCUAUGCACACAUAUCUCAUACAUACAUAAGCAGGAUGUUGAUUAUGCAUUAUCUAUAACAGAUAUGUAUACAUGUAUAUAUAUUUCUAAAACUUGUAGCUUUUUUAUGUUAAAGAGUUAAACAAUGUUACAUUCUGAGACCUUUGUAGCUCUUGUA